UAAGCAUAUUUACAGAUGACUCGAGAACAGCUCAAAAAAACAUUAACGAUGACUAAGAAACAAUGUAUGCCGAAAACAGGAGUAACGGAAGAAAAAGUGGGCAGGAUAGAGCAAGGUGUGUUCUACGAAGAAAAAAACGUAAUGUGCUACGUCACUUGUAUCUACAAGUCUAUUCAAGUGGUUAAGAACGAGAAAUUAAAUAAAGAAAUGGUGGAAAAGCAAAUCGAUAUUCUCUACCCUGCGGACAUGAAGGCAGCCGUGAAAAAGUCUGUGGCGAAAUGUUUUAACGUUCAGGAUAAUUACAACACGGAGUGUGAGCGAGUGUUUUAUGCUGUAAAGUGUUUGUACGAAGACAACCCAUCAAAUUUCAAAAUAAUGCGUUUUCCACAAUAUUUUGCUGUCGUUCUUAUAACCACACUAUGUAUACGGAGUUCAUUUGCGAUGACUAGAGCGCAACUGAAAAAUUCCGGAAAACUUCUAAAGAAAACAUGUAUGCCAAAACAUGAUGUAACAGAAGAUCAAGUUGGAAAGAUAGAGCAAGGCAAGUUUUUAGAAGAAAAAGACGUAAUGUGCUAUGUUGCGUGCAUAUAUUCAGUUGGUGGCGUGGUAAAAAACAACAAAGUAACGGUCGAUGCCAUGGUGAAACAGGUCGAUAUGAUGUUCCCGAAUGAAAUGAAAGAUCCCGUAAAAGCUGCUAUAGAAAAUUGCAAAGGAGUGGCCAAAAAAUACAAGGACAUCUGCGAAGCUUCUUAUUACACUGCAAAAUGUCUUUACGACACCGAUCCGGCCAAUUUCGUAUUUCCUUAAUUUGUUUCAAGAAACUUUGUCGUUUUUAAUAAAGUUGAGUGGAUCUACA